AUGGCAACACGCUGCUAUGAUGUUGAAUAUGAAGAUCAGCAUCCAAAAUGGCUUGUUCUGAAUGAUUAUGAUAAAGUGCACAAGUUGAUGCUACUUGCUAAGGACGAAUUCAAAAUUCCUUACGAAUUUGUCCUUUCAUACGAUGGUGCCGAUCUUCGGCCGAAAGAUUCAUUGAGAGAUUUGACUUUUAACAAGCCCAACUGUCGAAUCCGUGUACGGCGCAAAUCAAGGCAACAAUUGGAGUCUGAAACUCUUUCACAGCAACCAUUAGGACGCAUCAGAAAUGCACCGCCAAAUGGGCGGGCUUCUCGUGAAUCAUUAGCAAAGGUUCAGUCUAGUAUUGUCGGAAACUGCGAUAAUUACAUCACAACUCCACGGAUUCCUGAAAUAUAUCAAAGCAAUCGAGCGCAAAAUGGAUUAGUGUCACCCCGUAUUUCGCACACAAAUCUCCGUCGAUCUUCAUUUGAUAUGCUACCUUUUGAUGAAAGGCAUAAACAUGCUGCUCGUGAAACAAAUAUAAAUCCAACGAAAGAAAUAGGUCCGGUACCAAGCAGAUCCGACAACAGAUUGAACGAUUGGGGACAAGCGUUGGAAGCUCAGUUCUUUUUGCAUCUACGUAAAUAUAUUUUUCCUCCCGCGGUUCUUGCUCUUAAGCAUGCAAUAACGGAAGGCUGUCUAUUUUGGUUUGAGAAGCCUUUGAUCGUUGACUCACUUAUCCAAUUACUCAAAGAUCUAUGCCCUACCAAUGUUCCAGGCCACGAAUUGUGUGACUGUAUCCCUCUUUUCCUCGGUUGGCUUCUUAGUCAGUGUGAUGUAAAAGCGCCGAAUACUGACUUACAUAAGACUGUCAAUUUAAUUAACCUACAAAACAACACGCAACAAUUAUUGCAAGAUCCUGCAACUCAAAUGUCUUAUAUAACUGAAUCCUAUGAGCUGAAAGAAAGCACAGAAAUUCGCGGUAAUGUUAAACGCCAUGUGGACAUUCGAUCACUAACACAACACUUGCUGAAUAGGCAACACUAUCGUGAUAUUUCAUACUGCAAACGCACAGACUACUUGAUAUAUGAUUCAACAAACAGCAAUGAGGUUGUAAAGAAAUCGAAAAUAGGCCGUUUAAACAAUGAAGAAAUCACUAAACAAUACAAGUUAAUGGCUAAAGACUACCCCUCUUUGACAUUUAUCACACGAGGUGCCUUACGGGCUGAUAUAACUGAUCAACUUAUUUUUCUACUCGAUCGAACCGUAGCGCUAGUAUUUAAGAAGAAAACAGAUAGACGAAUCACUACAACAAAUCGUACUGAUAGUACAACUCGUGUCGAGUCAUUUGAAAUCUUCAAUCCUUUACAAACUACAGUUGGGAGAACACCCACAAUUACUGCUGACCAAGUGUAUGACAUUGGUGCUAUUAAAGAUAAAUCACAAGCUCUGCCUAUCUAUUUUACUUUGAAUAUGCGUGAUGAGCAAGUGAAUAAUUCGUUAUCAGUUGUGUACAAAAAUGAAAUGGCAAAGCAAAUCACUGUUGUACUACUCGAUAGAAGUCGAUCGAUGUUUGAAAAAUUUGCCUCUAGCGAUUUGCACGACAAAAGAACAAUAAUAGAUAUGAGUAUUAUCAUGCUAGGCAAAUUGAGUAACAAUAUGAUUUCUUUAGAUCACACUCAUGCCUUGGGGCUAAUUCAUUUUGGCACUUCCGUAGAAACUCUUUGUCCAAUCACCCGCGAUCGAGAUCAGUUCGAAAAAUCGUUGACAGCAGCGCCGGUGAAGCAAGAAUGGACCUGUAUGUAUGAUGCAAUUAACAGUGCUAUUUCAAUGAUCAUUAGUUACGAAAGAAAUUCACAAAUGCACGCAGAACACAAUUGUAAAAAACUUAUCAUUUGCAUUUCAGGUGGUAUUGAUAACCACUCAGCUAGUACUUUUGAUAAUAUGCAACGUCGUAUUACACACCAUAGCAUUACAAUGGAUUUCAUCUCUUUCUUAAGAGAUGAGCUUCUUCAAAACACGGAAAGAAGCACUGUAAAUCUAAUCAGAAGAUUAUGCCACGAAACACAUGGAUUUAUCUAUCAAACUUUGCCACUUACGAACAUCCAACUCGGGGCUACCUUCGAGCAGGAAGCCGCAGUUUGGCUUAUUGAGAGAGAUACAAAAGUAUUUGGUGCGGUAUCGAAGCCCGCUCGUCAGAAACCUAUCCAACUAGAGUACAAAGCUGUCAGCAAAGUCCCAAAUCGUGUACCUAUAUUAACGGGAGGUGCACCGCACUACCACCGAGUAGUUAGCGAAGCCAAUGAUGUUUUUAACAAGCACUUAGAUUUUAUCCACUUAUUUGUAUGCCGAGAAGACAUAUUCUUCUGGAAAGUAAUAAUGAAAGGGCCAUUCGGUACUCCUUAUGAGAGUGGACUUUGGCUACUGUACGUUAAUUUUGGUGAGGAAUAUCCUCGACGAGCGCCAAAUGUUCGUUUCAUGACUGAAACAUACCAUGCCAACAUAAACAGUGAUGGGAAAAUAUGCCAUCAGAUAUUUGAUCGAGGUUGGGCGAACGGGACCACCAUGGUCGAUGUGUUUACGAGCGUUUUUGAUCUACUGAAAGAACCGAAUUUUGAUGAUGCCCUGUCCACUGAGAAGACGCAGUUGAAAAGAGAUCAACCCGAUGAAUAUCAUCGACAAGCAAUUGAUUGUACGCGUAGAUGUGCACAUAAAAACCUGCACGAAUUGAAAUUGCAGUUUCAACUGGAAGAUUAA